AAAGGAGAGAAGUAGCGCGGAAGGGGAGAAAAGAGGAAAAACAGUGAUGGAGGCAAGGGUUGCCGGAGUGCCCGAAGACGAGGAAUCCGGCCUCCUCCCCCGCCCGUCCGCCGCCGGCCGCCGCCCAUCCGUCGCCGCCGCGCGCCGCGCGCCUCCGCCUCCAGUCUGGGCCACCGUGGACGGGCCCCUGGGGCUGCCGCUGGAGGAGGCGGAGGGCCACGCUCGCCGCUUCUUCCUCUGGGGGUUCGCCUGCCUCCCCUUCCUCUGGGCCAUCAACUGCUGCUACUUCUGGCCCGUCCUCCGCUCGCCGGCGACCUUCCCCUCUUCCGCCGCCUUCUCCCGAAUCCGCCCCUAUGUUGUCCGGUCAGCAAUUGGCUUUACCAUUUUCUCGGUGGUUCUACUCACCUGGGCCACAACAUUUAUAAUUGGUGGCGAGCGAUUAUUUGGGCCAGGGUGGAACGAUCUAGUGAUGUACAACGUUGCAGACAAGCUUGGUAUCAGUGGGUUCAUGGGAUAGCUUCCAUUUUAUGCCUCGUUUUGAGCAGUCUUCAUCUGACCAUUUGUCUCAGUUCCUGUACUCUGUAAGACGAUGUUUCCAUCUGGUAAAGGUAGUAGCAGGUUUCACCCACAUUGAUAGACUUCCUGGUUCUUGAUACAAUUUGAUGUAGUGUAAUGUCAGCCAUCAGUUCAUCACUAGUGGUUAGACUGAAGAUCGCUGUGACUUGAGUUUGUAGAGAAAACAGAUUGUUCCUAAGUGCAUAUGUUUGUCACAAGAUUAUAUGUCUAUCUAACCUGAAACCUGUGCUAGCUUUGAGAUAACAAACAGCCCAGACCUGA